AAAUUCGGAAAUACAACGACAACAUUAGUUUUGUUUAUACGAAUAGUGUCAUCAAUCAAGCCGGGAAAAUAUCAUUCUGAGUUUUCUAUUUAAUUUCAUUAUAUUUUCUGAUAUAGCACCGAACAAAUUAAAUUGUUAUCAAAAAUUAAACGUUUCGUAAUGACGGACGAAUCGAAUGAAAGAGUUAAUACAGAUAGAUAUUACACCAAUCAGUAUCUUCACAUUACCGACCUAUCUAAGGUUUCAACGCUUCCUACUAAAACUAAUAUAUUAACCGAAGCAAACAAAUUGCUCAAACGAUUUGAAAAGGAUCUGAUAAAAUUGGAAUGUUCAGUUGACUAUGGAUCUGACUACUCUGUCUACACCGGAACGACUGGUGUUGUUGCACUAUAUUGGCUGAUUGCCAGCUUGAACUUGAGUCAAGAUUCGGACUCUGUCAACCAAGUGGAAGCGAAACGAUUUAUGGAAAAGAGAUUGGAAAAACAACAAGAAUCACUGGCACGAAUUGAAAGAAUUUUACCAAAAUUGAAACGAAAACGAAUGUCAUUCUUAGCUGGUGAUGCAGGUCCUUUAUCCAUGGCAGUAAUUAUUUAUCACGAAGCUAAUGAAACAGAAAAAGCAAAAUUUUAUUGGAAGAAGCUCUUGGAACUUGGAAACAUGGUUUUCGAAAAAGACGGUAGUACUCCAAUCUGUAAUGAAAUCCUAUAUGGAAGAGCUGGUUACCUUUACUCCCUCUUACUAGUGAGAAAAUUGGUUUCUCAGUAUAACGACGAUACUAUCACAAAAAGGGUUGUUGACCGUUUGAUAGAUGAAGGAAGAACGGACAGAACCGAUUCCGAUGGAGUGCUGUACUAUGAAUGGCAUGACAAAUGCUAUCUUGGUGCAGCUCAUGGAAUAUCUGGAAUUAUGUACAUUCUCCUGAAGGCUCACUCAUUUCUGGAUUCAGCACAGAUUACAUACGUUCGAAAGACUGUAGAUUGGCUCCUAGGUCAAUGUUUUUCUUCCGGAAAUUUGAGAUCAUCACUAGGGUCCAAAGAUGAUAAAUUGGUUCAUUGGUGUCAUGGAGCUCCUGGUGCCAUAUAUAUGUUCCUGGAAGCUUACAAAUUAUUUGGUGACAACCAAUAUCUAAAUGCCGCGAUUCAGUCGGCUGAUGUUAUUUGGAAGAGGGGAGUGCUGAAGAAAAGUUAUAGUUUGUGUCAUGGAGUAGCUGGUAAUGCGUACGCUUUUAUGGCUACUUAUGAACAGACGAAAGACGAAAAAUAUUUGGAACAGGCUUUCAUAUUUGUUCAAUGGUGCUUUGAUUAUGGAACAGCUAGCACAGCAACACCUGAUCGACCACUCUCACUAUUCGAAGGAUUAGCUGGAGUGAUAUACAUGCUAUUCGAUUUUGCGGGCAGUUCACCAAAGUUUCCUGCAUUUCAAUUGUAAUAAUCCAUCAUUAUCAAAUACAAUUGUGUAAUGAAAGCACAGAACGGCUUAUGAAUUCAAGGAAGUCA